AGCGUCUUCACCGUGAUCCUGGAGCAGGUCAACGUCAUCCAGAGCAACACAGCCCCGAUGAGCAGCAAAGGCGCGGGCUUGGACGUCAAGGCUCUGAGGGCCUUCCGCGUGCUCAGGCCGCUCCGGCUGGUGUCCGGGGUGCCCAGCCUGCAGGUGGUCCUCAACUCCAUCGUCAAGGCCACGCUGCCCCUGUUCCACAUCGCUCUGCUGGUGCUUUUCAUGGUCAUCAUCUACGCCAUCAUCGGGCUGGAGCUGUUCAAGGGCAAGAUGCACAAGACCUGCUACUUCAUCGGGACGGACGUCGUGGCCACGGUGGAGAACGAGAAGCCGUCGCCCUGUGCCCGGACGGGCUCAGGGCGCCCCUGCACCAUCAACGGCAGCGAGUGCCGGGGAGGCUGGCCAGGCCCCAACCACGGCAUCACCCACUUCGACAACUUCGGCUUCUCCAUGCUCACCGUGUACCAGUGCAUCACCAUGGAGGGCUGGACCGACGUCCUCUACUGGGUCAACGACGCCAUCGGGAACGAAUGGCCCUGGAUCUACUUUGUCACCCUCAUCCUGCUGGGCUCCUUCUUCAUCCUCAACUUGGUGCUGGGCGUCCUGAGCGGGGAAUUCACCAAGGAGCGGGAGAAGGCCAAGUCCAGGGGAACCUUCCAGAAGCUGCGGGAGAAGCAGCAGCUAGAGGAGGACCUCCGGGGCUACCUGAGCUGGAUCACGCAGGGCGAGGUCAUGGAUGUGGACGACCCGAGAGAAGGGAAGCUGGCUUUGGAGGAAGGUGGCUCUGACACAGAGAGCCUGUAUGAACUCGCAGGCUUGAACAAAGUCAUCCAGUUUAUAUCCAACAAUAGAGAAAUACAUCAAAGAAAAGAUGAAGGCCUUCUCUGCCCUUCAAAGAGCCGACACUGGAGGCGGUGGAACCGCGUCUUCCGCUGGAAGUGCCACGAUGCGGUGAAGUCCAGGGUCUUCUACUGGCUGGUCAUCCUGAUCGUCGCCCUCAACACCCUGUCGAUCGCCUCGGAGCACCACCAGCAGCCUCUCUGGUUGACCCACCUGCAAGACGUCGCCAACCGGGUGCUGCUGGCCCUGUUCACCGUGGAGAUGCUGAUGAAGAUGUAUGGGCUGGGCCUGCGCCAGUACUUCAUGUCCAUCUUCAACCGCUUCGACUGCUUCGUGGUGUGCAGCGGUCUCCUGGAGAUCCUGCUGGUGGAGUCGGGAGCCAUGACACCCCUCGGCAUCUCCGUGCUGCGCUGCAUCCGCCUCCUCAGGAUCUUCAAGGUCACCAAGUACUGGACGUCUCUGCGCAACCUGGUGGCCUCGCUGCUCAACUCCAUCCGCUCCAUCGCCUCCCUGCUACUGCUGCUCUCCCUCUUCGUCGUCACCUUCGCCCUCCUGGGCGUGCAGCUCUUCGGGGGCAGGUACGACUUUGAGGACACCGAGGUGCGGCGCAGCAACUUCGACAACUUCCCGCAGGCCCUCAUCAGCGUCUUCCAGGUGCUGACAGGUGAGGACUGGAACUCCUUGAUGUACAACGGGGUCCUGGCCUACGGCGGCCCGACCUACCCCGGGGUGCUCGUCUGCAUCUAUUUCAUCAUCCUGUUCGUCUGCGGCAACUACAUCCUGCUCAACGUCUUCCUGGCCAUCGCGGUAGACAACCUGGCGGAGGCGGAGAGCCUGACUUCGGCCCAGAAGGCCAAGGCUGAGGAGCGGAGACGCAGGAAGAUGUCCAAGGGGCUCCCAGACAAGUCAGAGGAGGAGAAGUCGAUGGCGGCCAAGAAGCUGGAGCAGAAACCCAAGGGGGAGGGCAUCCCCACCACGGCCAAGCUGAAGAUCGAUGAGUUUGAAUCCAACGUCAAUGAGGUGAAGGACCCCUACCCGUCAGCCGACUUCCCAGGAGAUGAUGAGGAAGACGAGCCCGAGAUCCCGAUAAGCCCACGACCCCGCCCGCUGGCCGAGUUGCAGCUGAAGGAGAAGGCGGUGCCCAUUCCAGAAGCCAGCGCCUUCUUCAUCUUCAGCCCCACCAAUAAGAUCCGCGUCCUGUGCCAUCGCAUCGUCAAUGCCACCUGGUUCACCAACUUCAUCCUGCUCUUCAUCCUGCUCAGCAGCGCCGCCCUGGCUGCGGAGGACCCCAUCCGGACUGAGUCCGUGAGGAACCAGAUCCUUGGGUAUUUUGACAUCGUGUUCACCUCUGUCUUCACUGUGGAGAUUGCCCUCAAGAUGACCGCCUACGGCGCCUUCCUGCACAAGGGUUCCUUCUGCCGCAACUACUUCAACAUCCUGGACCUGGUGGUGGUGGCCGUGUCCCUCAUCUCCAUGGGACUCGAGUCCAGCGCCAUCUCCGUGGUGAAGAUCCUGAGGGUGCUGCGGGUGCUGCGACCGCUCCGGGCCAUCAACAGAGCCAAAGGGCUGAAGCACGUGGUGCAGUGCGUGUUCGUGGCCAUCCGCACCAUCGGGAACAUCGUCCUGGUCACCACCCUCCUGCAGUUCAUGUUCGCCUGCAUCGGCGUCCAGCUCUUCAAGGGCAAAUUCUUCAGCUGCAAUGACUUGUCCAAGAUGACAGAGGAGGAGUGCAGGGGCUACUACUACGUGUACAAGGAUGGGGACCCCGCGCAGAUGGAGCUGCGUCCCCGCCAGUGGAUGCACAGCAACUUCCACUUCGACAACGUGCUCUCGGCCAUGAUGUCUCUCUUCACGGUGUCCACCUUCGAGGGGUGGCCCGAGCUGCUGUACAGGGCCAUCGACUCUCACGAGGAGGACAAGGGCCCCGUGUACAACCACCGCGUGGAGAUGGCCAUCUUCUUCGUCGUCUACAUCAUCCUCAUCGCCUUCUUCAUGAUGAACAUCUUCGUGGGCUUCAUCAUCGUCACCUUCCAGGAGCAGGGGGAGACCGAGUACAAGAACUGCGAGCUGGACAAGAACCAGCGCCAGUGCGUGCAGUACGCCCUGAAGGCCCGCCCCCUGAGGUGCUACAUCCCCAAGAACCCGUACCAGUACCAGGUGUGGUACGUCGUCACCUCGUCCUACUUCGAGUACCUGAUGUUCGCCCUCAUCAUGCUCAACACGCUCUGCCUGGGCAUGCAGCACUACAACCAGUCCCAGCAGCUGGACCACGUGUCAGACAUCCUCAACGUGGUCUUCACCGCCAUCUUCACGCUGGAGAUGGUCCUCAAGCUCAUGGCGUUCAAGGCCAGGGGCUAUUUUGGGGACCCCUGGAAUGUGUUUGACUUCCUGAUUGUCAUCGGCAGCAUCAUCGACGUCAUCCUCAGUGAGAUUGACACUUUCCUGGCCUCCAGCGGGGGACUGUAUUGCCUGGGUGGCAGCUGCGGGAACGUUGACCCCGACGAGAGCGCGCGCAUCUCCAGCGCCUUCUUCCGCCUGUUCCGCGUCCUGAGGCUGAUCAAGCUGCUGAGCCGCGCCGAGGGCGUGCGCACGCUGCUCUGGACCUUCAUCAAGUCCUUCCAGGCCCUGCCCUACGUGGCUCUGCUCAUCGUCAUGCUCUUCUUUAUCUACGCCGUCAUCGGCAUGCAGAUGCUCGGGAAGAUUGCCCUGGUGGACGGGACCCAGAUCAACCGGAACAACAACUUCCAGACCUUCCCCCAGGCCGUGUUGCUGCUCUUCAGGUGUGCCACGGGGGAGGCGUGGCAGGAGAUCCUGCUGGCCUGCAGCUACGGCCAGCUGUGCGACCCCGAGUCGGACUACGGCCCGGGGGAGGAGCGCACCUGCGGCACCGACUUCGCCUACUACUACUUCAUCAGCUUCUACAUGCUCUGUGCCUUCCUGAUCAUCAACCUCUUUGUGGCCGUCAUCAUGGACAACUUCGACUACCUCACACGGGACUGGUCCAUCCUGGGCCCUCAUCACCUGGACGAGUUCAAGGCCAUCUGGGCAGAGUACGACCCGGAGGCUAAGGGCAGAAUCAAACACCUGGAUGUGGUGACCCUGCUGAGAAGGAUCCAGCCCCCUCUGGGCUUUGGGAAGUUCUGCCCGCACCGGGUAGCGUGUAAGCGGCUGGUGGGCAUGAACAUGCCCCUGAACAGCGACGGCACGGUCACCUUCAACGCCACCCUCUUCGCCCUGGUCCGCACAGCGCUCAAGAUCAAGACGGAAGGUAACUUCGAACAGGCCAAUGAGGAGCUGCGGGCCAUCAUCAAGAAGAUCUGGAAAAGGACCAGCAUGAAGCUCCUGGACCAGGUCAUCCCUCCUAUAGGAGAUGACGAGGUGACGGUGGGGAAGUUCUACGCCACGUUUCUCAUCCAGGAGCACUUCCGGAAGUUCAUGAGGCGCCAGGAGGAGUAUUAUGGGUACCGGCCCAAGAAGGACACCGCGCAGAUCCAGGCCGGACUGCGGACCCUCGAGGAAGAGGCAGCCCCUGAGAUCCGCCGCACCAUCUCGGGAGACCUGACGGCCGAGGAGGAGCUGGAGAGAGCCAUGGUGGAGGCCGCGAUGGAGGAAGGGAUAUUCCGGAGGACCGGAGGCCUGUUUGGCCAGGUGGACAACUUCCUGGAAAGGACCAACUCCCUGCCUCCACACAUGGCCAACCAGAGGCCCCUCCAGUUUACUGAAAUAGAGAUGGAGGAGCUGGAGUCGCCCGUCUUCUUGGAGGACUUCCCUCAGCAUCCAAGCACCAACCCUCUUGCACGUGCCAACACCAACAAUGCCAACGCCAACGUUGCCGGUGGCAACAGCAACCAUGGCAACAGCCCGGCAUUUUCCAGCCUCCCUGUGACCUGUCCCCAGGCCAGCCACCUCUCCGGGGAGGGCGUCCCCGGGGUUCUGCGUCCUGCACCCUUGCUUCCCGCUGGCUCAGCCCCCCGGACGCUCCCAGCGCUCUCCUAACGCGGCGCUGACGGUCCGCACCGCGUGACUGGCCCACCUCUUCUAAACGCCAGUCCCCUGCCACUCGUCCUCGUCAGCUCUGCGAAUGUCCCGCUGUGCCAAAGGCACAUCGUGUCCAGAGUCGACCUCCUCACCCGUCCCCGCAGCCUGCUGACCUCAGGGCCCUACUCCCUGCUCAAGCCGUGAGUCUGAGUGUUGUCUGGACCCCUGCCUUCCCCCACUGUGCCCUGCGGACUCCCCCUCCCAGUGUUUCUCAAACCUGUCCCCUCCCCACGGUGACUUUCCUGACACUCAGUCCUCGUUUCGUGCCUUGUCUGUUGUGCCUCAGAACAGCCUCCCAGCACCCCCCGCUUCCUCCCAGCCUGACCCUGAUCCUUCUAAACAGAGAAACCUGCUGUCUUAUCCCCCAACUUAAAACCCGUAAAGGCCCCCAAAGCCUCAGAAUAUGGUGCAGAACCCUUGCCUGGGCUGUCAGGCAGCUCCGCCCCAGCCCUGGCCCUCAUGCCAGGCGGCUCGCCCUCCCUGCCCCCUGCAGCGCAGCCGGGGGCAGCUGCCCGGCCCUCUGAGCGCCACAUGCUGUUCUGGGGAGAAACUGCCCGAACCCUCAACCCCACGGACCCCUUGGCCAUCAUCGUCCACAUCUCAGCUUCUCCAAUACUUCCUGCAGAAAGCAUCCCCCCGGAUGCCCCCAAACGCUCCAGGUGGCCCAGUGAUGGGGCACGUGUGUUUCGCCAUCGCGGCCGGGGUCACCCCUGCUCUGUGACGUUUAUUUUACACCAGACUGAGGCCAAGUUCCACGAAAGCAGGAGCAGGUCCACCAGGCUGGCCCUUAACCCCCGAGCUGAGCACUUUUCAGCACAGACGAGCGGCUCAGUCACUGUCAGAUAAAUGCAGGGAAAUGCUGAGAAGUGUGGCCCUGCCCUGGCUGACAGCCCGCCCGCCCAGGGUCACCUGCUCAGGGCUGCAGCCUCGCGCCCUCACUGCCCAGUCCCCGGGGAGGUGGGGCAGGCAUCGGCCUCCAGAGGUGCAGGCUGACUCCUCAGUUUCAGCCCCACCCAGCCAGCCGCUCAAACUGCCCCCUCCACUGCCUCCUCUUGGCGGGGAGCUGAAAUAACCCACCUCGCAGCGUGGCUGAAAAACUAAAUAACCUGGGGCACACGUGAAAGGGCUUCGUACGCUGCAAAGGUCUAUAGAGGGAUGUUUCAAUAUACAAGUGGGACCGGAGCAUCUUAUAUCAAUACCUAACGUGUACAGAGUACCAACAAUACAGCAGGCCCCGCUCCAAGCCUUCUGCAUAGAUUAAUUGUUUAAUCCUCUUGAUACCGAGGAAGUAGCAUCCUCCUUUUGCAAGUAUGACACGGAGAGGACAGGUAACGUGCCCAAGGCCCCGCAGCGGGUAGGAGGGCCAAAGCGCGAUUCAGCUCAGGCGACGUGGCUCCAGCCCCACAGCCCUAAUGGCUGCGCCAUUUGGCACGUCUGUGCCGGGCCUCCCAGCCCACGUGACAGGUGUACUGAGAAGCCUUCCAGCUCUCACCCUUUCCAAAAGUUCAGGCAGUUUCCUCUGCAACGUGCAGGACAUUCUAAUUUGUCGGAACGUACAAAAUCUUGCCUCUCCCCAGCUCCCCUUCAAAUAAUCGCUGGGUUUCUCCAGAGAGGGCCGCCAGGCCACUCAGAUAAAGUACAAAAGGAGCACGGGUGUGGAAGGCUGAGGGCCGGGGGCCAUGGGGGGAGCAGGCAGGCCCCUCCUGUCAGCCGGGCCAUCCGACAGAGCCGGUGUCCAGAGGGGCUGGUGGGCCACCUUCUGUCGCCUGGGGGC